UCGAAAGUUCAAUUUCGCAUGGCGGACGUGCAAGUGAACUCUGUUAUUUGUUGGUGAUAAUUUCAAUUAUUAUCUUUUUGAGAUUCCUUAUGGAAAGGCAAAUUUUUAUACUGCUUUUUCUUUGUGGACGUGCUCUUUUCAUUCCUUAACCUUAGAUGAUGUUAAAGUGUUAAUUUUAGUUGGAUUUGUGUGAACUGCAUAGGAUUUUCUCAAAAAUGGGAAAAUGUGACGAAGCUAAUGUCGAAGUUAGUAUGGGGGACUCGGCGUCCCCCAUGAAACCUGAUAAUUUUACGUUCACCGUACCCCCUGAGGCCCCUGUCUUCGAGCCAACUCCUGAAGAGUUCCUCGAUCCUCUGGCGUAUAUCAGCAAAAUCAGGCCCAUUGCUGAGAAGUCAGGGAUAUGCAAAAUAAAACCCCCCGCGCACUGGCAACCUCCGUUUGCUGUGGAUGUAGACAGACUGAGAUUCACUCCUCGGAUACAACGGUUAAAUGAGUUAGAGGCAAUUACAAGAGUGAAGCUAAACUUCCUGGAUCAGAUAAUCAAGUUCUGGGAGCUGCAAGGCUCGAUGCUGAAGAUACCAACGGUGGAAAGGAAACCAUUAGAUUUGUAUGCACUACAUAAAAUUGUCAAAGAAGCUGGUGGUUUUGAAGUAUGUUCGGCUGAGAGGAAAUGGUCGAAGAUCGCUAGACGCAUGGGUCAUCCACAGGGUAAAGGUAUAGGUUCCAUAUUAAAGAAUCACUACGAGAGGAUCCUCUACCCGUACGACGUUUUCAAGAGCAGCGGCGCUGUCGGAAACGGAAAUGAUAGCAAAGAAACAAAGAUAGAAGUGAAAGGCGAUCAGACACCAGAGAGGGGUCGCAGGUCAAGCAAGCCGCCGGCUGCGACUCCGCCACCCGCCCGUCGGUUCAAGAGUUCGGAGCCCGAGCCCGCUGAGGGCAGCCAUACUGAGGGGGCGCUGCCCGUGGGCGACGUCAAGAAGACACCCAUCAAGGAAGAACCGGGAGAGACAAGGAGGAGUCCACGUGAGAACAAGUGGAUGUCUCAGGCCGGGAGUUGUGGAGCGCGAGCUCGCGCCGUCCGCUCCAAACGACUGAGGGAACACCGUUUCAGUAAUAUGACGGUGUCUGUGACGCCCGCCCCUCCCCCCCUACAUCCCGACGACCCGCUCGCGAAGUACAUGUGUCAUAUAUGCGGGCGCGGUGACAUCGAGGAACAGAUGCUGUUGUGUGAUGGCUGCGACGAUUCGUACCACACGUUCUGCCUGGUGCCGCCGCUGGCUGAUGUACCCAAGGGAGACUGGAGGUGUCCCGUGUGUCUGGCGGAGGAGGUGUCAAAACCGACCGAGGCCUUCGGUUUUGAGCAAGCGAGCCGCGAAUAUACACUGCAGCAGUUCGGAGAAAUGGCUGAUCAGUUCAAAUCUGAUUACUUCAAUAUGCCGGUACAUAUGGUGCCAACGUCGACGGUGGAGCGAGAGUUCUGGCGCGUCGUGUCGUCUAUAGAUGAGGACGUGACUGUUGAGUAUGGAGCGGAUCUGCACUCCAUGGACCAUGGAUCAGGUUUUCCAACAAAAUCCAGUGCCCAUCUCUAUCCCGGCGAACAGCAAUACGCUGAAUCCUCAUGGAAUCUCAACAACCUGCCAGUGCUGGAGGGAUCUGUACUGGGACAUAUAAAUGCAGACAUAUCCGGGAUGAAGGUACCUUGGCUGUACGUGGGCAUGUGCUUCGCCACGUUCUGCUGGCACAACGAGGAUCAUUGGAGUUAUUCCAUCAAUUACUUACACUGGGGAGAACCAAAGACAUGGUAUGGCGUACCCAGUUCCAAAGCGGAACAGUUCGAAGCUGCAAUGAAGGCUGAAGCCCCUGAGCUGUUUCAGCUGCAGCCUGACCUACUUCAUCAGCUGGUCACGAUCAUGAACCCCAAUGUGCUCAUGAAAGCUGGUGUACCCGUCUACAGGACUGAUCAACAUGCUGGAGAAUUUGUAAUAACCUUUCCCCGCGCCUACCACGCCGGUUUCAAUCAAGGAUAUAACUUUGCCGAGGCAGUCAACUUCACACCAGCUGAUUGGCUAAAAAUGGGUCGCGAGUGCAUCACCCACUACUCCACUCUGCGGCGGUAUUGCGUGUUCUCCCACGACGAGCUGGUCUGUAAGAUGGCGCUUGAGGCGGACUCGCUUAGUCUGACCGUGGCCCUGGCCGCGUACAGAGAUAUGAGGACAAUGUUACAUGACGAGAGGAAGUUAAGGAAGGGAUUACUUGACUGGGGUGUAACGGAAGCUGAGCGUGAGGCGUUCGAACUCCUCCCGGACGACGAACGUCAAUGUCACGAGUGUAAGACCACGUGUUUCCUGUCCUGCGUCACAUGCGCCUGUACCACGCAAAUCGCAUGUCUGCGACACUACGAUCAACUGUGCGGUUGUUCGCCGGCGGAACACAAACUAAGAUAUCGUUAUACACUGGACGAACUCCCGGCGAUGCUUGAGAAGCUAAAGCGUAAAUCAGAACAGUUCCGCGAGUGGGCUGAGGCCGUUCAGAAUGCUUUGGAUCCUGAUACGCCAAAGACAUGUGACCUUGACGGACUCAGGGGUCACUUGAAGAGGGCUCACGAUCUGAAGAUGCACAAGACGGAACUGGUGCGUGCCUUGGAAACGGCGAUAGAGGACGCUGAGAAAUGCGCGUCUGUGAUACAACAGUUGGAUCUGAACAAGAUGAGGACGAGGACGAGGCAUCACGACCCCAAGUACCGCCUCACCAUACACGAGCUGACGCUGUUCGCCGCAGAGAUAGACGGACUCGCCUGUGUGCUGCCCGAAGGGUCUGCUGUUAAAGAAGUGCUUCGUCAGACAGCUGAGUUUGAGGACAGAGCGAUCGCACUGCUGGGGAGAGACUUGGACGACUGUGAUGCUGCCUCUGUCAGAGAACUAGAAGAGGUCGUUGACCUGGGUUCCCGUCUCUGUAUAGUCCUGCCCCAGCUAGGAGCGCUCCAGGCUCGUCUCCAGCAAGAGAAGUUCAUACUCUCCGUUCGUACACAUCGCGAGGACGCCGCCUCUCUCACACCAGAGACCAUUGACAAACUGCUGGCUGAAGCAGAAACGGUCUUACCACAUAGAAGAGUUGAAACGGAACGGGCUGGGCUGUAUAAAUUAAAAUUACAAGUCGAAGAAUGGGAACAGAAAGCCCGGGCUAUAUUAGACGUGAACCGGGAACGCGAUGAUGAUUCACACACUACGCUGGCUGAUUUGGAAGAAUUGUUAGCAGCUGCUGAUGAAGUGGAAGCCGCGUUGCCCUCAAGACACUCGUUGGCUACAGCCGCUGCACACGCCAAAGACUGGCUUGCCAAGGUGGAGGAAAUGCAAUCAAAGGAAUUAUAUCCAUACAUGCACAGUGUUGAAGCUCUGUGCAAACGCGGAGCACAGAUACCUGUGGCUCUGCUCGAGAAAAGACAUUUGGCGGCAGCCCUACUAUCAGCCAGGGACUGGCAGAGAGGAGCUGCUGAUAUGUUCCUUAAGAAGAACUGGCCUUACUCUUUGUUGGAGGCGUUGUCCCCUCGUUCGGAGUGCGCCCCUCGCCGAAAGAAAGGGGACUCUGAAGGAUUAUUACAACACUUCAGUGAGGAAGCCACUCCCACUGAGAUAGUGGCGGCCUUCAAGCAGGCGGAACAAAGGGAAUUGGCUGCUAUUAAGGAACUCAGAGCUAAAAAUAUGCGGAAAGAGGUCCGAACGCCCGCGCCCGGCGUUACUUUCUGCGUGUGUCAGAAGAAACAGUAUGGGGUGAUGACGCAGUGUGAACUCUGCAAGGAUUGGUUCCAUGCUGCAUGUGUGUUGUCGAGUCGCUCGGAGGAGUCGGAGUCGUCACCGGAGCCCGAGUCGGAGCCUUCGCCCUCGCCGGCCCCUGAACCGAAAUUCCUCUGUCCUGAUUGCGCACGAACCAAACGACCUAGGCUGCAUCGGAUAUUGGCUCUAUUGGUUUGGCUACAGAAGCUGCCCGUGCGCUUGGCGGAAGGUGAGGCGUUACAGUGUGUGACCGAGCGGGCGAUGGCCUGGCAGGACGCCGCUCGAGCACUACUGGCUUCUCUGCCGGCUACACGCGUGGAGAGGGGCGAGCGCCAGGGGAGGGGAGACGCACACAGGUCGUCAGCGAGUGUGGAACACGCAUACAGUGCGACACCUCGCACCAGCACAGCUCGAGUUUCGCCGGUCAUGCUACAGAGACUCGAAGAUCUCAUGAUGGAAGGCGACCUGUUAGAGGUUCGUUUGGAGGAACAGCGUCUCGUAUGGGCUGCGGUGUGUGCGGCUCGUGCGGCGGAAGGUCGGCGGGCGGCGCGAGUGUUGGACGCCGGAAGGAGGAAGAGAGCCCAGAGACCAGCUCGACACCAUCACCCGCUCAAGAGGACACGCGUCUUACACGGAACAAACACCACAAAGACCACCAUGAAGCGCGGCUCGGCCACGACCACCAACUACUUAAAUCGGAAGCAGGGCAUGUCGUCUGGUUCUGGUCUGAUGAUGCGGAAGCACUACCUGGCCCGCCAGGAGCGUCGUAAGCGCCCGCUCCCCCAGCGCCCGCCUCCCCGGCCCCGCGCGGGUCGCUCCCCCCGCUCGCCCCGCACUCCCCGCUCCCCCCGCGCGCCCCGCUCUCCCCGCUCCUCGUCCUCAUCGCGUUCGUCAGCUGACGACGAGGAAGACUGCGCUGCCGCCGAUUGCCUGCGACCUACAGGCAAGGAGGUGGACUGGGUUCAAUGCGACGGCGGCUGCGAUCAGUGGUUCCACAUGCACUGCGUGGGCCUGAGUCGCGGCGCGCUGCGAGAGGACGACGACUACGUCUGCGGCUCGUGUGCCGAGACACGGAAGUAACUGACUGGCGGCGGGCGGUCGGUUAAAACGAACAAAUUACAACCGAGAUAUUCCUACACUGACGGAAAUUUCAAUGCAAAACGUUCUUAUAUACAGGUCGAUGUUUUUCUGCUCAUACGAUAACCGUUCAUAUUAUACAUGUUGUGCGUUAUUCAUAACGAGCUUCCAGUUAAAACUUUUCGAUGUACCGUUAUGUUGUGUCGGUGGAGGUCAGCGUCGCCUCGCGAUGCCUGUUGUCCGCGCGAUAUCCGGAGCACCCUGUAUAUAACUGUACCAUCUGAACGGUUUUAAAUGAAAGUCUGUAAUGUAUUUAAUUAAUUGUUAUAUCGGUGUUUAGUGUCCAUUCGUUUUGAAUGUAAAGUGAUAUAGAGAGAAUGAAACGCGAAAUCAUGUUCUGGAAAGAUGUACAUUAUUUUGAAUUCCUCCGUUGCUCGUUUUUUUUUUUUAAUUAAUAUAUUUGCUAUGUAUUUUACUUUCAUAUAUAUAUGUAUAUGUAUAUUUACUGUCCCCUCGUCAUCGUCCCAAUACGUGAGUUCCAACGUCGUGGUUAUAGCGACUUUUCUACCCGUAAUAUAUUAUUUUUAUACGUUGUGGAGUACGGUUAGCUGUUGUAAGUAUAGUUGUAAAGAACCCGUGUGUAAAUGAGUGUGGAAUUGAUACGACCUUAGCGAGAUAUGUUCCGGCCUUUAUCACUAUGUGGAACCGGCGUCCGACGUAACAUUAAAAUUAUUAGAAUAUGUAAUAAAUAAAGCGGUGUACACACCAUCGGAUGAUCGUUUCAUAUAGUCAUAAAAGGCUUUCGAAUGCCGCGGGAUGAUUAUUUGUUGGUCGAGAUGUGUCGGUCUUUUUGUAAAUAUUUUUUUAAUGAAAUGUGAAUCUAGUUAAAGAAAAUUUCUAAUGUAUGUAGAUUUCGAGUACUGUUAUGUAGUGUGGACUAUGUAUGCUUAGGUCAUUAAAUAGUCACUCAACCUGCGUCUGAUCUAGACUUGUUUAUCGCACAUUGUAAAGAAACUCGAUCACACCCGAGUGCUUCUGAUUGUAAACUGUAAUUUUAAUUAGAUUAUUUAAUAAAAGAUUAACAAAA